UGCCCAGCCUCCGCCAGAGGCCACGCCUGGCGGGUCCCCCGCCAACCACCGAAAGCCAUGGAGGGCCCGGGAGCACGUGUCCCAGGCUGCGCAUCCCCACCCAGAACCUGCUGGACGGGAACCGGCCCCACGCGCCACACCUGAGGCCGCUCCCCCCGCCUCUUGUCCUCAGGCGCCGUCACCGGUCCCAGCCCAGUGGAGAGCUGUCGGGGCUGGAGGGUCAUGGGGGAGCCCGGUAGAGAGGAGUACAAAAUACAGUCUUUUGAUGGCGAGACCCAGCAGCUGCUGAAGACAGCACUCAAAGAUCCAGGUACCGUGGACUUGGAGAAAGUGGCCAAUGUGAUUGUGGACCAUUCUCUGCAGGACUGUGUGUUCAGCAAGGAAGCAGGACGCAUGUGCCACGCCAUCAUUCAGGCAGAGAGUAAACAAGCAGGCCAGAGCGUCUUCCGGCGCGGACUCCUCAACCGGCUGCAACAGGAGUAUCAGGCUCGGGAGCAGCUGCGUGCGCGCUCCCGGCAGGGCUGGGUCUGCUACGUCACCUUUAUCUGCAAUGUCUUUGACUACCUGAGGGUGAACAAUAUGCCCAUGAUGGCCCUGGUGAACCCCGUCUAUGACUGCCUCUUCCGGCUGGCCCAGCCUGACAGUCUGAGCAAGGAGGAGGAGGUGGACUGCUUGGUGCUGCAGCUGCACCGGGUCGGGGAGCAGCUGGAGAAGAUGAAUGGGCAGCGCAUGGAUGAACUCUUUGUCCUCAUCCGGGAUGGCUUCCUACUCCCAGUUGGCCUCAGCUCCCUGGCCCAGCUGCUGCUACUGGAGAUCAUCGAGUUCCGGGCGGCUGGCUGGAAGACAACUCUGGCUGCCCACAAGUAUUACUACAGUGAGGUCUCAGACUAGGCUUCCCGACCAGCAGCAUCAGCCUUUCUUCUACCCACCGCCCAGCUGGCAGUGGUCUCUGCCUUUCCCAAACACUUUUUCUCUUCCAGACUUGGCCAUCUUCUGGUGAGAUGUUCCCCACUGAUGCCAUGGUCCUGUCUGAGCCCCUCUGGGGAAGAUGCCAAACACACCCGGUCUCCAGGCUCAAGGCUAUCUCCCCUCCCUCCACCACUUCUCACCUGGGCCAGGCAGAGAAGGGCAACUGCUAACAACCACUACACUGCAUAACCACAGGUGCAGCAGCUACCUUGGUGCCUCAGUCUCCCCACCUAUAAAAUGGGUAACCAUAGCCAGUGGUGGAAUGCUUUGGGACGUCAAGGGGCAGAGGCAGAGCACAAAUCACACCAAAACUGCUUUUUAUAUAUUUUGUACAAGGACCACUUUGGAAACGAGCAUAUUUCCGCCAGUCAGUUUUAAUGGUAGCACUGGGUCACAUGCUAUACCGGUCCAGUGUGAACAUUUUCUAAUAAAUCUUUUCUGAUACUAAAAAUGCUCCCUC